AUGGACAGCCACACCACAGCACUGGGGAAGUGGGAGCAAUCAGAGAGGAAGGAAUCAAUGCGAGUCUGGGAGCUGAAAAACCAGGAAGGGGCAAGACAGGACAUCAGCAAGCAGUACACUACACUUGGGCCAUCACAGCAGCUACUGAAUACAUCCCCUAUGCCUCUCACACGAAGAUCAACCACAUUACCAAUACCUAAACGCCGCUCCUCGGCAGUCACUGCCGCUGCAGCUCCCCGCCCACCAUGUCUCUCCAGGUUGUUGUUGCCGUGCUGUCCACCCUGGCGGUCGCCGCCCUCGCCGCCCCCAGCAACCUGCCGAGUUACCACGCCCCCGUCCAUCCCGCACCAUCCUACCACGCCCCCCGCUCACCCCACGCCCUCCUACCAUGCCCCCAGGCCCUCCUACCACGCCCCCGCGCAGUACGCUGACGUCUCGCCGCACUACAACACCCAGUACGCCGUCAAGGACGACUACAGCGGCAAUGACUUUGGUGCCCAGGAGGCGCGCGACGGCUACAGCACACAGGGCUCCUACUACGUGCUGCUGCCCGACGGCCGCCUGCAGCGCGUCACCUACCACGUGGACGGCGACUCAGGCUACGUGGCCGAUGUCACCUACGAGGGCGAGGCCCAGUACCACCCAGACUUACGGCCACGCUCCUGCUCCUUCCUACGGCCACGCCCCAGCUCCCUCCUACACCCCCCAGGCCAGCUUACGGCUAGACUGAAGACUCCACGGCAACUCCUGAAUCCACCGCAGGCCUCAUUUGUUCCUGCCGCCGUUGAGCUCCGUUGA